AUGGUCACCCGAGAGUCCACUGCCUACAUUGCUGCAGUCGCACCUACAACCUACAGUGCAGUCGUAAAUGUGCUUGAUGAAGUACGCCGACGUCUACCGGCCCUUGGUCCCAAGUCAGUACUGGACUUUGGAACCGGACCAGGAACGGCAAUUUGCGCAUUCGCUCUGAGUGAACUUACAACAACUGCACUUCGUCGUUCCUCAUUAGAACAUCUUUGGGAUCCCACAAAUGAUAUUUUGAUUCUAAUUGAUCGUGGCACACCUAGCGGCUUCAAGACCCUAGCAGAGGCGAGGGAGCAGAUUCUAGGACUGGAUCUCGCUCGGUUGAAGCCAAAACCUACAUAUGAUACAUAUGGAAACUUGAUACCGCCCAAAGAUCAGAAGCAGGCUAUGUCGUGGCGCCUUGCCCUCAUGACAAGCUUUGUCCAAUUAAUAUCUCGUAAGUCAAAGCAUACAAAAGAAAACUACGAGGACUCGAAGUAUACAUAUGUGGUCCUGCGCAAAGGCACACGUCCAGUCUACAUGCCUCUAGUACAAACACUGAUACCAUCUGAUGCGCCGUCAACACAAUCCUCCAAUUCACACAACACAAAUGAUGCUCCUAUUAGUGAAAUAGUAAAGCCUAGUGGAGGAAUUGAACAAAAAGUUGCUGAAAUAAACGCUGGAAAGAAGAAAAAGGUUAAAAAGCAGCUACCACCGCCUCCAGUACCAUAUGGCAAUGCUGAAGACAUGCAGGCUGCGUCGCACUCCUGGCCUCAGAUAGUGAUCCCACCACUCAAGAGGGAUGGACAUGUGGUCAUGGACACUUGCGCUGCGAGCGGGUUUCUAGAACGAAUCAUCCCAAAAUCACAGGGCAAAAUCCCAUACAGAGAUGCGCGCAAGGCCAUGUGGGGAGAUUUACUCCUGCACGGGCCCAAGAAUAGACCAAUGCGGAAAGAUAUUGUGGAGAAUGUCAGUGAUGGACAAGAUAGUGGUAGCGGCGCUAAAUCAGUGGGUGAUAUUGAAGGCAAGAAAUUGAAGCAGAGGCGAGGCCCGUUAAACACAGGUAAUCCAGGAAUGCUGGAGCGGAUGAAACACAAGGAGAAGAAGCAGAGCAGGCAGAAGGUGACAUUAGAAGCAGAUGGGUCGGCAAGUAGUCGGAAGAAUAGGAGGAGGAAAGAGGAGGAUGAUGUCAUCCUUGAGCUUUAA